AUGAGGUAGCAAUUUUAGAGAUUGACUUAUUUCAAAAGUGACUAGUCGAAGAGAGAAGAAUACAAAAAAAUGCUUAAUUAAAAAAUUACAAUUAUUGAUUAGGAAUUCACUAAUUACUCAUCCGAAAUCAACCACAUCUAGAUUAAUUAAUAGCAAGAUAUUGAAAAAAAUUUUAAAAAAGAGCUAGACAUUUUGGUUGAGUCAAAUGCAUAAAAGGAAUAGCAUUUAAAUAAUAUGAUUAAAAAUCAAGCACUUUCUUUAAUGAAUUAAUAUCAGAAUACAGAGAAAAAGAAGAAAGAAGUAAAAAAUAAAUUACCUAAAAGGUAACUAUCAAUAGAAAUAAAGCAAACAGAGAGAUUAUUACCAAUUUAGAAUUAAUCACCUGUCGAUGACUUUAAAAAAAAUUCAUUUUUUAUAUAUCCUGCAUUUACAGAGGAGAUGAUAUAGUCGAAAAAGUAGCUAACUAUGGAUUCAAUAUUUGACAGCCUUCUAUAGAAUAAAAAUAAUCCAGAAAUAAUAAAGUAGGUGAGCGAACAAUAAAUAGAUAACCAAUCUAUUCAAAAGGAAUAGUCUCAAUUAGAUUACUUGAAACAAAGAUAUACUGAUAUUUAAAAUUAAAUAGAGAGUGCUGAAAAAGAAGCUAUUUUUGAAAAUUCUACCAACGAUUAAUAUAAAUUCUAAGUCAAAAAAUAUGAAACAGUCUGUCAAGUUUCUCAAAACAAUCUAAACUAUAAAAACAACCAACUGAAAAUACUGCAAGAGACUGAGUAGGAAACACUGGAAGCGAAAAAAUAAAUUUAUGAUGAAGAGAAGCAAGAGUUGCUACAAUAAAAAAAGAAGGUGUGUGAGAUAUUAAUCAAAAUUGAUUUUUUAAGUGAGUAGAAGAAAAGUCAGCUAUCAACAAUUGAAAAUUUAGAAGAUUAAAAAAUAUUUCUUUACGAACAAAAACAACUUUCUUGCUAUGUUGAAUAAAAUAUAGAUGCUUUAGCCAAAUUAAGUGAGAUUUUUUUAGAUAGAAAAAUAAAUUUAAAUGAGGAAGAAAUACAGUAAAGAUACCUAAGUUCUCCAUAGACACCAAUGAGAACUUCAAGAAGUAGGAUGACAAAAUUUACUUUUGCAUUAAAUAAGAGUAUUCAAAAAAACGAUAUUACCAGUAUAGACGACUUAGACUCACUCACAAAUCGCAGUAGCCAAAAUUCUCCUAAGCCUUAGAGAUUUAUCUAAAAUUAAAUUAUAAAGAUUAAGCAAGAAUCUAAGAUCCAUAGAUAGAAUUCUCUGCAAAUAGAAAGAAACAGAAAGGUUGAUAAGAUAAAUAGGUUUUGUGAAAAUAAUCCUUCUAAACUAAUAGAUGAUUUAAUAUAAAUUUACCAGUAAUUGGUUCUAUAAAAUUAAAGUCUACAGAGUUAAUUUGAGUUUUUGCAAAAACAAAAAAUCCAACAAAAUGUAGAAAUCAGAAACUUGGAUUCAUAAAUCUAGGAAAUAUACAAAUCAAUAUCAGAAGCAGAAAUUGGGUCAUUGGAUUUGAAAAAGAAAAUAAUACAAAAUUAAUAAAAGGAUGAGUAAUAAUGUCUAAUGUUAGAAUUAGACAAAGCAACAGAGUUAAAAAAUGAAUUAGAAACUAUUUUAGUAAAUGCUUUAUAUUUUCUUUUGCUGACUCUUGGUAGACAUAAACGCUUAAUUGACGAUGUAAAUGAAAAGGGAGAUAUCAGAGUUGAAAGUGAUACUUCAUUUGAUAAAUUUGAAAAAAUUGAUUUAAUUCUUGAUAAAUACCAAAAAGGUUUUAUGAAAAAGAAAAUAUUUGAAUAAUUUAACAAUAAGAAAAAAUUCAAAAACCAUUCUUCAUCUAUUACACUCCAAAAGAAUCUAAUAAAUUUUCUUUAAAAUUAAAAUAACUAUGAUGAAGACACAAAAAAUGGCCUUAGUAGCAAAGAAAAAUUCUUUUUCUUUAUGGAAUAACACAAUUAUUUCCCAUUAACUACGGUUGAAUUAAAAUAAACUUUGUCUUUCGUAUUCCCUAAAAGUUUUAACUUAUCUGUCAUUGAACAAAUAAUAGAUUUAACAUCUAAUGAUAUUUUAAUUAGAUUCUUUUUGAGUAAGGAUGAUAUCAUUGAAGUCAUUGAGAAGUGUUUUAAUACUUACGAAUAUUUCAAACAAUUUAAUAUGAUUCUCUCUAAUUAUGAACAACUUUUUGCUUAUUCUAAAAAGCAGAAACUUUAACCACAAGGAAAAACACCUCAUGGAAGCAGGAGACUUUCUUAAUAUUCACCCUUUAAAAAUCCUCAUUAUAUCUUAUAAAAAGAAGAAUCCUCAUCCAAAACACCAAAAAAAGAUAAAAAAUUUUCCCUCAAAUUAGAAAUCUAAGGUUUGCAUGCAACUAACAGUUUGGUUAUGACAAAUUAAGAUAGUGAAAGUAAAAUUUAAGACAAAAACAGUCAAAAUAUAAUCGAAAACGAAUGUAAGGAAACACCUCUAAUGAAAGUGAAUAAGAGUAUUUCAUUUUAAAGUUAGAGAAAUAGUAUAGAAAUAGCCUAAAAUAGCUAAAAUACAGAAGAAGAAGACAGUCAAUUAUCAAAAAAAUCUUUGUCUUCAAAAUCUUCCUCUGACUUAAGUGAUUGUGAUAGUAAUUCUAAAAAUAGUAAAUACUUAAGCAAGAUUAAUGAGUCUCCAUUAAAUUCAAUAAUCUAUGAUGAGACUGACGAAAUCGAUUAAGAUGAAAGAGAAGAACAAGCUUUGCUAUUCAAAUAUGAAGAAUAAUCAAUUUUAGGCUAAUUUAUCAUUUUAUAAUUGCAAAAAAGGUCAAUUAAAAAUUUUAAAAUUACUAUUAAAGAAGUAAUUGACUCAGAAAAGUACAUUUUUGCGUAUAUAAAAAGAUAUUUUUAGAAAAAUCAUCUGGAGGAAAACAGAAAAGGACUUAUAAAAGCUCACUACUUGGAUUUUAACAAACAAUAACUGCAAUCAUUUAUUAGUUAAGCAGAAAAAACACUUUAGUUUAAAAAGUAACGAGAAUAGCUCUUAAAUGAUAAAAUAAAAGAAAGCUCUGAUAAAGUGCAAUAAGACGAUGGAGAGGAUGAAGAUGAUGAUAAUUUCAAUGAAGACCAAGAAGAAGAGGAAAAAGUAUUUGAAAAAUUGAAUACAUGGAAAUAAUGUUUCAGUCCUAUAACACCAAGUGACCAUUCUUCCAAAUUUAGAUAAGCUUACAUGGAUUAAAUGUCUAUUUCAUCGUCGUUGUAAAAACAGUUUAUUUAAAAAGAAACUUAAAAGUUAAUGAAUGACUCAUUUAUCAUGGAAGAAAGUUAAGUCUUUGGGACAAAUUAAAGUCUUAAAGGUGAAAAUUAAGAAAAAAAUUAAUAAACAAUUAGUAAAUUCCAAUAAAAGAAAGAGGAGGAAGUUCUAAAAGAAGAGCUAGAUUAAGCUAAAAAUUUUAUCAUUUUACUUUCUGAUUAAAACAAGCAAAGAAUGUAGCCAACUAACAAUUUUAAUCUGUCUUAAUCAAGUUUUAAGUUUAAAAAAAUAGACACAAAUGAAUAAAACAAAAAAAAUUCUACUAAUUUAAUAGAUUAAACUUAGAAAAAUGAACUAAAUAAAACUAUUAAAUCUAAAAAAAGUGUUUAAAAUCAAAUUUAGGUUUUCUAAGAAAAUAAGAGGAAUAAAGAUAAAAAGGAAGCUGAUUUUAUUGAUUCUUAAAGAAUGAAUGUUAAAAAUGAGAUAUAAUCAGUAUAAAACAAAGUCGAAAAUAAUCAGUCUUUAAACUCUCUCAAUCUAGAUUUUUAGAAAAAAUAACAGUAAAAGUUAUUUGAUUUUGAAAACCUGUCACCUAUAGAGCAAUAAUUUUAAAAAUAUGUUGAAGCUGAAGAAAAUUACUAUAAAGAUUUGAAAAACUAAGAUUACUUUGUAGAAAACCUCAAGACGUUUCAUAACGAUGCCUUCUUUUUGCAAAAAAUAUUUAUCCUUGGGAAAAAUAGCAGCAGUGUUAAUCUGAUUAAAAAAAACAGCAAAUUAGAGCUUCCUAAAGGAUUGCAAACUGCAAAAUACUUCUAAAAAUUGUAAGACUUUGAGAGAAAAAAAUACAAACCAACAUCUUAAACAACAUAAUGCACUUAACCUCAAGAAUAAACUAAGAAUAUAUAAGAAAUUGAGAAAAAGUAAACAAAUGAAAUAAAGUAAUCAAUGAGUCUUUCGUUAAAAAGCUAGUAAAUAAAUGCUAUUUACUCUAAAUUUACACGAAAUUCAAGUAUUAGUGAGUAGGUUUAAGAAAUUAAAAGCGUUUUGGAUUCCGUAAAACAAAAAUAAAUUUUAAACAUCGGAAAAUAAAAUGGAGAAGAAACGAAUAAACAGCCUAGCAAUUUAGAAAAUAAUUCAGCUUAUAAAGUUUAAAUUGAUACUCUAAAAUAAUAAGAUAUAAAGAAUAACAACAAAGACUACAUAGUUGCAGAUAAAAUAUAGAACAGUAUUAAUUAAAAACUUGAGUCUAUUAAGGUUAAGAAUAUGAAAAGCUUGGAAUAACUAAAGAAAAUUUUCAAUGUUUAUGAUUCAGAUUUUAGUAUCAAUAAAAAUUAAUUAAAACAUUAAUCUAGCAACUCUACUGUUAAUUCUAGGAUAAAUUCAAAAAAAAAUAGCAGUUCCUUUUAAUCAUAAAUGACUUCCCCGUUUAUUUCUAAUUGCUAAUCAUAUAAUACAAGUGAUUUUGAUUAUACAAAAAGCAGUUAAGUCUACAAAAAUAUAAGUCACAAUAAAAGCAAAUCCUAUUCAAAUAGUAACUUUGUAUUUUAGCAACCUGAUAAAAUUAUUUCACAAACUGAAGCUAUGAAAAAAAUUACAGAAAAACCCUCGCCAUAUGUGAGCAACCCAUUUAAUUUCAGUAAAAUUAAACCGAGAUAAAAUAAAAUUUCCGAAAAAAAUAUAACAGAACACAAUGAAAAUGCAAAGUGA